AUGAAGAACAGAAAAAAGAGAGAUGAGUUCUGUCAUUGCCUCCCUUAUGGCAAAAUCCAAGAGAAGAAACUAGAGCGUUUGCAUAAGAACAGACAGAGGCAGUUGUGCACUUGGAGAGACAUUGUUCCCUUUGGCGAAAGACAUGAGGAAAUUUUGACUGCUAAAUCGCAGUUCAGUAGCUUUACUAGCAAGCCCAGUCUCUUUCCUCCAAUUUAUGAGUUGCCAUGUAUCACCAACUACGACACUUAUCGGGCCUUGUAUUACACGGGAUACAGAGAUAUCCCUGUAGAUUGUGGAAACAAAGAAAUUACUCAGCUGCAGCACUACGGAAAAGAAAUUUCAACGAUGGAGCUGAAUGAUGAGUUGAAUAAAGGCAAGGAUGGUUUUACAUAUGACGAUUGCAACGGGUCCAGAAAUGUUGCCGAGCCACAAUCUUUGAAACUAAAACUUCCACACUUAAGAAGCUCGAAUGUUGUAAGCUGUUCACGAUGA